AUGAAUGCGUCGGGGAUCAUGGGAUAUCAAUUGCCCGGUGUUGUGAUCUUGAUGUUAUUGCUUGGUUCGACUGCCUUGGCUCUGCUCCUCGGGAGCAGAUCAGUUUCUGCCGGUUCACUGAAGGACAUCAAGCAUGUUGUGAUCUUUAUGCAGGAGAACCGAUCAUGGAAUAGAAACUCAACUAACCAUGUACAGUAUUUCGGCACAAUGGCAGGCGUACGGGGAUUCAAUGACCCAAACGUGCAGAUCAAUCCAGACGGAUUACCUGUUUGGUACCAGUCAGUUUGCUUUGGUGUUUUUUUCAAAGGUUAUAAAGGAGGGAACACGACGGAUGCGAUCCAGUGCAUGGCAGCGGGAGAUAACGGUUACGAGGAUAGCCAUGCUUCGCUCAACGGAGGACUGAACAAUCACUGGGCCAGGAAUAACACGCCUUGGAGUUGGGGAUAUUUUAAGAGAGACGAUAUCCCUGUUCAUUAUGCUAUUGCAGAGGGUUGGACGACCGGUGAUAUGUAUCAAGAGUCCCAAGUCACCUCUACCAACCCGAACCGGGUUACUCUCGUUAGCGGCUCCGUGAACGUGCCUGGCGGCCCUCAAAAGCCUGAUCAAGGCGGCGUUUAUAUCGACAACAACGUAACACCUGUCUAUGAAGAGGCAGGCGUCUCCUGGCAGGUAUACCAGGAUAAAGACAACUUUGACGACAACCCCUUGGCCCGGUUUGAGCAGUACCAGAACGCUUCAUCGUCGUCACCGCUCGUAGAGAAAGGCAUGGCGUUUUUGGGAUUGGAAACAUUUUACGAAGCGGCUGCCAACGGGACCCUCCCGGAGAUCAGCUUUAUUGUCGGGCCCGCGGAAUUGUCAGAGCACCCGCCCUAUAUGCCCAAGGACGGUGCCUGGCUACAGAAGAAGGUUGUGGAUGCUGUGACAAGUAGUCCUGAAUAUUCAUCCACGCUGCUAAUGAUAAGCUACGACGAAUCUGGUGGUUACGGAGACCAUGUCAUUCCUUUCCACUCACCAGAAGGUACACCGGGUGAGUGGAUGGAGGAUCCUUAUGGCGUAUUUGGAAAACUAUAUGUUGGUCCUGGUCUUCGGGUGCCUUUCUAUAUGGUCUCCCCAUGGACCCGUGGCAACCGUGUUUUCACUGAGAGGGCGGAUCAUAACUCCCAGAUUCUAUUCUUGGAGCAGUGGCUUACGGCAAGGGGCUAUGAGAAUGUGCAGACUCCAGAAAUGGUCCACUGGCGUCGGGAACACAUGUCCAACCUCGUCAAUGCACUGGAUCUAGACCAUCCCGACAUUAGUCUUCCAAAAUUGCCAGAAGCUGAAGAGCCUGAGAUGUCUUCAGGUUCUUACGUCGGCACAUCCAAUUGCGAAGCAACCUUUCCAGAGCCCCGUCCUCCUGUGCCAUACGGGAAGCAGAAUGUGACAGAGUCAUUGUUCUUUGAGGACGGAUACAAAGAGGUUGUCGGCUACCUGACUGAGGGACGGUACCUUGUUUUCGAGAAGUCUGGGUAUGCGCUUACCAAUACCGGAAACACAACCAGAUUAAGCAGCAGCGCAGCGCGUUCAGAUCACAGUGAUAAGAAGCAACGAUGGGUCAUCCAUUAUUCCAGCGGCGAAGAGAGCCAGAUUUUCAAAAUCUCCAGUGCCCUGGACGGUAAGUGGCUUGGUCCACACGGAAGUUUGCUGCCAGCUGGUCGCCGAGGCGAUGCUGCAGAAGUGAAGAUCACCUUCCUUGGGAAUGGUCACGGAUAUGGUCUGCAGAUGGCUACAAGGUGUGGAGUGUCACCUACCACUAAGAAGUGGCUACGGACUCGAGACCGGGCAGAAGGUUACAAAUUUAUCGAUGAUUGGAACUAG